UGUUCUAUGUUCUCAAUUUCUCCUUUUGUUUACUCCUCACGAUGUUUGGACUGCACGGUGAGCGGAUUGGAGUCCGAUGCGCUCGGCAGUCAUUCAUUCCGCCCUAGCCGCCCUUUUCUCAUGGAGCCUGCAGUUGAUCAGCCAAUAGACAUACAAUUUGUUCGAUGCGCUUGUUGACCAAACUCAUGCUGCGCAUCAAUUGAUACAUCUAGAUGCACUAUCGAUGGCCAGGCUGGCUCAGGAGAUGAUGGACACCAGAGAGCAGGCAAUGGCCUGGUCAGACAAGCGCCGUUCCCUGAUCGUAUUCGAGUAGCACAUGAGGUUAGCCGGAAUCGAUUAUCAGUCAACGGUCUUGAAUAUAUGCGGAAAGAGGAUUGGUAUAGCCAAAGACAUCACCCAAUAAUG